CAUACUCUUUUAAAAGAGUUUAAGUAUUCUACAAACUUACUUGAGUUUUAUAAGAAUUUAUUUUGAUCCAAUUUUAAAACUUAGUUAGCAUGACAAAAACAAUUUUGAACUCUCCCCCAGUCAAUUUAGUGGAGGCAAAGUUAGUUCAGGUGGGAAACUAUAAGUUCACUGGGAAGGUUCUUGGUAAGGGAUCGUUUGCAGUUGUCAGAGAAGCUGUUCAUGUGCCAUUGAAUGUUUACGUAUCUGUAAAAGUUAUGGACCUGACAAAAUGCAACACCUAUAUGCUUAAAAACCAUCUCAGGGAAGCUAAUAUUCUUCAAAGUUUAAACCAUCCUUUUGUACUGACGCUUUUUGAGACAAUGACAUACCAUAAUAUAUACUAUGUGGUUACUGAGAUAAUCCAGGGAGGAAAUCUGUGUGACUUUGUUCAACAAAAGAAAGGGAAAAUAGAUGAAACUACCACAAGAAGAUUCAGCCGGCAGAUUGCAUCAGCUUUGCAAUACUUACAUACGAGAGGUAUUGUCCAUAGAGACUUGAAGUUGGAGAACGUCAUGUUGGAUGCUGGGAAGAGAAAUGUUAAGCUUGUAGAUUUUGGUUUAACCAACACUUGGUCUCUGGACUCUCCACUCAAGACACUCUGCGGUUCGCCGGAGUAUUGCGCUCCAGAACUAUUUUUACGAGGCACCAAGUACGGCCCAGAGGUGGACAUGUGGGCAUUCGGAGUAAUUAUGUUUGCGUUGGCUGCUGGAAAGCUACCAUUUCCCUGUCUUUCUAAUAUAUUGAAAACACCAGAAAAGAGAGGACAGUUUAUACAAAUUAUUUACAAAGGGUUAUCUGAAGCUAACAUUAAAUUGAUAAAACAUUAUUCUCUCGAUUUUAUUCCGUUGAUCAAAGGGCUUAUGAAUCCUCGUUGGGAAGAACGACUGACGAUAAACAGUAUCUUCCGCGAUCCUUGGAUAACCAACAAGGGUCAUUGGGUGGACGUACCGCACGAAUUACUUGAUAGUAAUGAUGAGGAGAACAUUAUCCGACAGUUGAGCUUCAAGUUGAAAACAUCACCGGAAAGGGUUAAAGCAGAAUUGAAAUUACAGCCAACAGGUGAAACAGCAGGUUAUUUCAAUAUCAUGAAACUCAAAGAAAUGCUGAAAAGACAUAAGCCAAUGUUUACUGUUAAGUUUGAUAUUUCUCAAAGCAAUUCGUUCAUUGAAAGUUCUUUUCCAAAGAAACAUUGCUCUAAGCAAACCCUAGAUGGUCCAAAAGUCUCACUGUUGGGAAAUGCAAUGAAACUUAAUGAAGUUAUAUUUAAAGACAAAUACUUUCAAAGAAGAGUAUUGACACCUUCAUCAACAACAACAAAUGAAUCCAGUAAAGGGAGAGCUGACGGUUUAGGGAGAGAAGCAAAAGUUGUCCUGCCAAAAAUUAAAUCCUUAAAUUCUAAUUGUUCGACCCCAUUAUCUACUCUUAGCAGUGAGAAAAGGACAAGAAAUAAAUUGGUUAAAGUAAACACUGCAUUGAGGAAAAGUUUAACGAUAGGAAAUGUAAUACUACCUUCCAAAUUAGAUGUAACACCUAGUGCAAAGUCUCUUUUUAAGCAAAAACAAACGUGUCAAAAAGUUUAGUUUCAAAUUAAUUGAGAUUGUAAACCCUUGUAUGGAAAUAGCCUAAGCCGGUGCAGCUUAAUGACAGUGUUCUGUCGUGGUUACAAAAUGAAAGGAUAAUAAACUACCAUUGAAAUAUUCA